AUGCGUUUCUUCGCUACCGGUCUCGUCUCCGCCCUCGUGGCCAUGGCCUCUGCCUACACCACCCCCGACUACUCUGUCGGCCCCAGCGGCAACGCCAUUCUCACCCCUGGUCUCCAGGAGCAGGUCCCUGCUGGCAAGCCCUACGAGAUCACCUGGAACCCCACCACCGAGGGCUCCGUCUCCCUUGUCCUCCUCCGUGGCCCCAGCGAGAACGUCCAGCCUCUGUACGCUAUCGCUGAGAACAUUGGCAACAGCGGCCACUUCACGUGGACCCCCAGCACUGAGCUCGAGCCCGAUGUCACCCACUACGGUCUUCUCCUCGUCGUUGAGACCGGUGCCGACAAGGGUGCCUACCAAUGGUCCACGCAAUUUGGCAUCCAAGCUGCGGAUUCUGAGGCUUCCUCCUCCUCCGCUUCCACUGAGACUGCUCAGCCCACCGAGGCUCCUUCUUCCACCAUCACCGAGACCACCGUUGUCACCACCACUACCUGCCCUGAGGGUGCUUCCACCUCCGUCCCUGUCAUUCCCACCGGUACCAGCAGCACCUUCGUCCAGAGCCCCUCUGCUCCCGUCUGGACCCCUACCUUCACCCCUGCUCCUCCUCAGUUCACUGGUGCUGCUGGCCGCAACGCCGUCAGCUUCGGUGCUGUCGCCGCCGGUGUCGCUGCCGUUCUCGCUUUUUAA